UUUUUUUUACUUUGCAUCCAUGAAAUAAGGUUUUUUUUUUCUUUUUUCACUCCUAGUACAAAUUUUAUAUGCCUCUUAACAAACCACCACCACCACCACCUAAACCCGAAUUUGGUCCUCCCUCAACACCCAAAGACUUUAAUGAGAAGUUUCAAGCAAAAGAAACCACAAAAUACAUGAACCCUUGUGCUAUGGAAGAAAAAGCCAGUAUGAAAUGUUUGGAUAAAAACAAUUACGAUAAAUCACAAUGCAGUUAUUAUUUUAUGCAAUACAAAGAGUGUAAAAAGAAAUGGAUGGAAGAAAGACGUGCACUUCGAAGAGCUGGUCAGCUUUAAUCCUAUUCAGGAACACACAUUCCGAAUAAUAAUAAAGAAGAAACAAUGCAGAAUUGUAUGUAAAGAGCUGGUUUUAUUUUUACAUUUUUCGACAGAAAAAUAUGAGUGAUUAAGCAGUUUAAUCGAAGAGACCUAUAGAGAAAGCAUAAAUACACAUACUCCCUUUCCCUAGAAAUUUUAUAGCUUACCGAAACCCAUAUCAUCAUCAGAUUCUUCCUUUUCUUCAGCCUUUUCUUCUUCGGCAGGAGCAUCAGCAGCAGCACCGGCAGCGGCACCACCAGCAGCAACAGCGGGACCAGCACCAGGAGCACCGACGUUCAAGAGAAGAGCCUUGAGGUCUUGACCGGCGAGAGCCUUAGCGUAGAGAGAGAACCAGAU